GCUCUCUUAUCUGCCACUCAAAUAAUUUUAUUUUACUUGUAAAAUUGAAGCUGAAAUAAUCACCACAUAAAAUCUAAGAAAAUCUAAAGAAAAUGGUUUGUAAAGCUGUUUGUGUUAUCAAUGGUGAUGCCAAGGGUACCGUAUUCUUUGAGCAAGCAGAUGAAAAUUCUCCAGUUAAAGUAACUGGUGAAAUUAAUGGUUUGGCCAAGGGUCUACAUGGUUUCCAUGUUCACGAAUUUGGUGACAAUACCAACGGCUGCAUCUCAGCUGGUCCACAUUUCAAUCCCUGUGGCAAGGAACAUGGUGCCCCCGGAGAUGAAAAUAGACAUGUAGGUGAUUUGGGCAAUAUCGAAGCCAGUGGUGAUGGACCCACCAAGGUCGAAAUUUCUGACAAACAAAUCAGUUUGUUUGGUGCCAACAGCAUUUUGGGCCGUACCGUUGUUGUACAUGCCGAUCCCGAUGAUUUGGGCAAGGGUGGCCAUGAAUUGAGCAAGUCUACUGGUAAUGCUGGUGCUCGUAUUGGUUGCGGUGUUAUUGGUAUUGCCAAAAUUUAAAUUGAAUUUAUUUUUUGUCAACAAAACAUAUUUCCAUUAUAAAGACAACAAACUGUGUGCUCUUUUAUUUUAUUUAAUAAGUUUUUGCAUGCAUACGAUUUUGGAGUUCGGUUUAAUAUUUAAUAUUAAAGUCCUGCUAUAGUAGUUUAAAAAUGUAUCAUCAUAUGUUUACAUUUGUUUAAAAGCCUAACUAUCUAAUAAAUUUGUAAUGUAAUGAUAUUAACAAAUAAACAACUUCAUAUACUGGUGUAUUGAACAAAUAUA